AUGACUGAAUCAUCUAGCACUAAUACUUCAUCCUACGAUUACAUCGUGGUGGGAGGUGGCAUUGGCGGAUGUGCUGUUGCAUCUCGUUUGCAUGAGAGGCUUCCAAAUACUUCAAUUCUUCUAUUGGAAGCGGGGAAUGACCCAGUUGGGAAUCCUCUGACCAGUGCACCACUUGCAUGCUUCGGUAUUCACCACUCCGAUCUUGACUGGGACUUCCUGUCAGUGCCACAGCCCCAUCUUGACAACAGAGCCUGCUACCAGGCCGCUGCCAAAGCUCUUGGGGGCGGGUCAUCCAUCAACUACGCUACCUGGCUCCGCGGCCCUAAAGUCGACUAUGACCGUUGGGCGAAGCUAGUGAAAGAUGAUCGGUGGAGCUAUGACAACCUCUUGCCAUAUUUUGAACGCUACGGCGGAUCGGACGGCGUCAUCAAGACGAGCUCAACCUCACAAAGCCACCAGGAUCGCAAAUACCCACUUCGUGAUCUUGUGCGAACUGGAUGGGAGAGUGAGGGUGCUCGUCACAACGCAAACCCCCAAAAUGGAGAUCCCCUAGGGAUCACAGAGCUAGUCGAGAAUUGGCACCAAGGGAAACGGCAGUUCGCGCACAAAAUCUUCUACGUUGAUGGAGUUGAAAUUUUGACCGAAGCUCCGACCGCUCGCAUCCUUUUAUCGGAAACUGGUACAGGAACCCAGCGUGCAAAUGGUGUUCAACUCCUUGAUGGUCGGACUUUCUAUGCCCGGAAAGAGGUGAUUGUUUCUUGUGGGGCUUAUAACACGCCGAAACUUCUUCUAUUAUCUGGAAUCGGACCCAAAGAGCAGCUAGAGCAGCACGGUAUUCAACAGGUUGUCGAUGCGCCUGAGAUAGGCCGCAAUUUCCACGAUCAUCCGGCUGUUGCUCUGAUCUGGAAGUUGAAACAAGAGAAGCUAGGUCUCCCAAUGAGUGCCAUCGGGAGCAAUCCUGCCUUCGGACUUGGGUUGCCUGCCGAUUGGAUUGUCUUUUCGGGCCUGGAUAAGAAAUUGAUAUCCGAUGCCUUGAUUAGCGAUGGUAUUGAGGUAUCUAACCCAGAAAGAGAGUAUCUUCUUGACGAGAGGAACUGCUUCACCGAAACAUUGAACGUGUAUGCGCCAGCAGGUGCGGUGCAUGCCGGGAUGGACAUUCCGUUUGAUGGUCUUCAUAUAUCAACACCUAUAUUGGGAAUGCUUCCAACUUCUCGAGGCAGCAUUACUCUUUCUUCGAAUGAUCCAACCGCUCCUCCGCAGAUUGAUCCAAACUAUUAUGCUACUGAGGUUGAUCGAACUAUGAUGCGCGCUGGUAUACGGCGGGCUUUGCAAGUCUUCCAAGAGUCCACAGCACUGAAAGACGUGAUUGAGACCGAGAUCGCACCAGAGGGGUAUCCUGUGUUAACCUCAAAAUCUUCGGAUGACGAAAUAGAUGCUCGUGUUCGGCGGGUAGCCAACACUUUCUUCCAUCCUGCCGGCAGUUGUGCUAUGGGCAAGGCCGUGGAUACCGAAUUACGUGUGUAUGGCGUGGAUGGACUACGAGUUGUCGACGCCAGUGUACUGCCAACCCCAGUUGCUGCCCAUUACCAAUACUGCAUCUACACGGUCGCAGAUCGAGCAGCAAAUUUUAUUGCUGAUAGCGGAAACUAA